CCGCUUCAGUUCAGUGGCACUGCAACUUUUGGCCGAAUCGGACGUAUCGCUGGCUCUUUGGAAUAUUAUUAUUGCUACCUGUGGCUAUCGCGUGUGUUACCUGUAUCUGUAUUUUGGCUUUACAGUUACUAACGAGUUAUGUGCGCUUGAAUGCCAAAUUUAAUUGCCGCUCUUUGCAUGUUCGUCAGCAGUAAUUUGAAAACGUUUUCGAAAAGCGAGUAAAAAACUACUUUCGUUUUCCCCCCUUAACUUUCCAUUUUUCUCGCUCGUCGUCUUGCCAUUGAAAAAAGUGUCAAACCCCAGGUGCUAACUAACCAAAAAAGAGCCAACACAUUUACUCAAAAAAAAAAUAUCUGGAAAAAUAUCAAGUUGUGAAACGCGUGUGAAUUUAUCAAUUUUUGGAUUAUGGCCAUCAUGGACACCGCCUGGCGUUGUCGCCUCACGAUCUUCGCCAUCGUCUCCCUGCUCUUGGUGGGCGAUCUCUUUGGAUAUGGCGGCGGCAUGAAGUCCAACCACCCCGAUCCCCACUCGGUGAGAUCGGGGGGCGGAGCGGGGGCGGGUGGUGCCCCAACGGGUCCGGCGGCUGCAGCGGCCAGCAAGUUCCAGUCGAAGAAUGCCGAAAUCGAUAUAACCGAAGAGCACGAUUUCAAUGAGUUCUCAGCGGCAGCUCAGUCCCUGAAGCCGGGAAUGGCGGUGGUUACCGGGGCGAGUCUGAAGACCAAGUCCCAGUUGACGGACACCAUCAAGGAGUCGUGCCUUCCGAAGAUGCUCUGCGAAUUGGCCUCCAAGCCGGAGUACCAACUCAGCGAAAAGGAGCGGGAACUACUGAGACUGAUCAGAUCUCCGACGAUGCCCUGGAUGAUGAACAUGCCGCCGAGCAAAUGGUAUUUCGCGGCCCACAUGGGCGAACUAAUGCGCCACACGGGCGACAACCUCAGCGGACCGAUGGGAUGCGCCAAUCUCUGGCCCAACUGCCCGAUCAGCUCCAAGAAGCUGAUGAAGCUCAGCUACAAAGUGAGGGUCUAACCCCCGGAUCCGUAUCCUAAGUAUUAGAUCUAGAUAUAGCCGCCUCAGCUUUUGUACCAUAUGUCUUCACCGUUGGAUUACCGUACCCUGUAAAUUACCCUAAGUUUAGAUUAGACCUUAGUCCCGACAUGACUGAAGUGACUGUAGAACUGUAACCACUCGUAUCCGUAUCCGCACCAUCUGGCUACGAGUCCUAGGUUGAUUGUAAUUACAUAAGUGUGACUAGUCACGACCCGAUUUAGCAUUACGCCUAGUCUAAGUUCGACGCUCCUGUAAUUGUUAAUAAAUUACACUCUUUUGUGCAAACUCCCUAA